CACGUCACCGCUUCCACAAACACGUCUCGGGAAGUUCCACGUCACUCGUGUCCGUGUGAGCCUCUGCAGCGAAGACGAGAAUCUCGACACGUCGGAGGGUUUAGAUCGGCAGAGUUACGGCUGAAGAGAGCAGAGCAACGCCAAAGAGAACAUGCCUCUCCGGCUGGACAUCAAGCGCAAGCUCACGGCUCGGUCCGACCGCGUCAAAAGCGUGGACCUCCACCCCACCGAGCCGUGGAUGCUGGCCAGCCUGUACAACGGCAGCGUGUGUGUGUGGAACCACGAGUCGCAGACUUUGGUGAAGACGUUUGAAGUGUGUGACCUGCCGGUAAGGGCUUCGAAGUUUGUUGCCAGAAAAAACUGGGUGAUAACCGGAGCAGAUGACAUGCAGAUCCGUGUUUUCAACUACAACACGUUGGAGCGGGUGCACAUGUUUGAGGCACACUCGGACUACAUCCGCUGCAUAGCAGUGCAUCCCACUCAGCCGUACGUCCUCACCAGUAGCGAUGACAUGCUCAUUAAACUCUGGGACUGGGAGAAGAAGUGGUCAUGCAGUCAGGUGUUUGAGGGCCACACACACUACGUCAUGCAGAUCGUCAUCAACCCCAAAGACAACAACCAGUUUGCCAGUGCGUCACUGGACAGAACCAUCAAGGUGUGGCAACUGGGCUCGUCGUCCCCCAACUUCACCCUGGAAGGCCACGAGAAAGGGGUUAACUGCAUUGAUUACUACAGCGGUGGGGAUAAGCCCUACCUCAUUUCAGGAGCAGACGACAGGUUGGUGAAGAUCUGGGACUACCAGAAUAAGACGUGUGUGCAGACGCUAGAGGGCCACGCCCAGAACGUGUCAUGCGUGAGCUUCCACCCUGAGCUGCCCAUCAUCGUCACGGGGUCCGAGGACGGCACGGUGCGGAUCUGGCACUCCAGCACCUACCGGCUGGAGAGCACGCUGAAUUAUGGCAUGGAGCGCGUGUGGUGCGUGUGCGGCCUGCGCGGCUCAAACAACGUGGCGCUCGGCUACGACGAGGGCAGCAUCAUCAUCAAGCUCGGCCGCGAAGAGCCAGCCAUGUCCAUGGACACCAAUGGGAAGAUCAUCUGGGCCAAGCACUCGGAGGUGCAGCAGGCCAAUCUGAAGGCCAUGGGUGAGGCUGAGAUCAAGGACGGAGAGAGGCUUCCUCUGGCGGUCAAAGACAUGGGCAGUUGCGAGAUCUACCCUCAGACCAUUCAGCACAACCCCAACGGACGGUUUGUGGUGGUGUGCGGAGACGGCGAGUACAUCAUCUACACGGCCAUGGCUCUGAGGAACAAGAGCUUCGGCUCGGCCCAGGAGUUCGUCUGGGCCCAUGACUCCUCCGAGUAUGCCAUCCGAGAAAGUAACAGCGUGGUUAAGAUUUUCAAAAACUUCAAGGAGAAGAAGUCCUUCAAGCCAGACUUUGGAGCGGAAGGUAUCUACGGCGGGUUCCUGCUGGGUGUCCGCUCUGUGAACGGCUUGGCCUUCUACGACUGGGAGAACACGGAGCUGAUCCGCCGCAUCGAGAUUCAACCCAAACACAUCUUCUGGUCUGACUCCGGAGAGCUGGUGUGUAUCGCCACGGAGGAGUCCUUCUUCAUCCUCCGCUACCUGGCCGAGAAAGUGGCCGCAUCACAAGAGUCCAACGAGGGCGUGACGGAGGAUGGCAUAGAGGACGCCUUCGAGGUCCAAGGGGAGAUACAGGAGAUUGUAAAGACUGGCUUGUGGGUGGGUGAUUGCUUCAUCUACACCAGCUCUGUCAACAGACUAAACUAUUACGUCGGAGGAGAAAUCGUCACCAUCGCUCAUCUGGACAGGACCAUGUACCUGCUGGGCUACAUUCCAAAGGACGAUCGUCUGUACCUGGGAGACAAAGAGCUGAACAUCGUCAGUUACUCGCUCCUGGUAUCAGUGCUGGAGUACCAGACGGCCGUCAUGCGCCGAGACUUCGGAAUGGCUGACAAGGUUCUCCCCACCAUCCCGAAGGAGCAGAGGACCAGGGUGGCCCACUUCCUGGAGAAGCAGGGCUUCAAACAGCAAGCUCUGGCCGUGUCCACUGACCCUGAGCACAGGUUCGAGCUCGCGCUGCAGUUGGGGGAACUGAAGAUCGCCUACCAGCUGGCUGUGGAAGCAGAGUCAGAGCAGAAGUGGAAGCAGCUGGCCGAGCUGGCCAUCAGCAAGUGCCAGUUCGGGCUGGCGCAGGAGUGCCUGCACCACGCCCAGGACUACGGCGGCCUGUUGCUGCUGGCGACCGCCUCCGGCAACGUCACCAUGGUGAGCAAGCUGGCGGAGGGCGCCGAGCGUGACGGCAAGAACAACGUGGCCUUCAUGACUUACUUCCUGCAGGGCAAGCUGGACCAGUGCCUGGAGCUGCUGAUCCGGACCAACCGCCUGCCCGAGGCAGCGUUCCUCGCCCGGACCUACCUCCCCAGCCAGGUGUCCAGAGUGGUAAAGCUGUGGAGAGAGAGCUUGUCUAAAGUGAACCAGAAGGCCGCUGAGUCACUGGCUGACCCGACCGAGUACGAGAACCUGUUCCCAGGCCUGAAGGAGUCCUUCGUUGCCGAGCAGUACCUCCGCCAGACGUGUCUGGGCAAGAGCCGGCCCGCCACCGACUACCCCCUCGUCACCCCCAACGAGGAGCGUGUUGUGUUGGAGGAGGCCAGUGGGUACCAGCCCCACGGCGUGUUCCCCAGCCCCGCACAGACCACCGGCCCCGACGAGGAUGCGGACAUGGAUCCCGCCAUCUCUGCCCUGGUCCGGAUUGUUGCCUCGUCUUCUGCUGCCAGUGCAGCUGCCUCACACCCUGAACACACCAAGGACACGGAGAAGCCCGGCACGCCAGACAGUGACCUAAAGGAAAAGACUCUGGAGGAACUGGAGGAUGACUUGGACAACCUGGAGCUCGACGACAUCGACACCACAGACGUCAACCUGGACGACGACUUCCUGGACGACUGAAGGCCGAACCCUACAGUACAAACUAUAAUUUAAGAGACCAAGGCCUUUGUCUUCUCUGCUCCGUCGCCGUCUGUCUUGCCGGUCCUCCAGAGCUGCAGCCUCGCAGCAGGAACGUGUGUCCAGUGUGCGCCCAGGUGAAGAAGACUGGACACGUGCCACCUGAUACACGGAGACCUGCGUGUGUCUUCUCGAGUUUUUGUAUGUGACGCAGGACCUUUAAAAUCUUUUUUUCUUGCUUUUCCUAGACAUCAAAGUGUAUAUUUUACCUUCAGUCCCAAUUAAUCUAGUUACUCAUAAUAAACCACCAUCAAUCUCCACA